AUGACUUUGCUGCCAUCCGCUUGUCGGCCGCGGAGCAUCAAAGGCACGCUCAAGUAUGCCGCCUGCUCCCUCGUGGCCUUCUAUCUCUUUUACUGCUUGAUCCUCGACAUGCCUUUCCUGAGCUCCAAGCUUCCAAACUACUCGGGCAGCUUCGACGUUGGCGUUGUCGACAUCGAGGCACCGUGUGAGAAACGGCGGAUAGCAGACGCUGUGCUGAAGGAUACUGGAGCUCCCGUCUUUGAACUCGAGACUGUCCUGUUCUCCCUAUACUACCCUUCAGUGAAGGAUGCCUUUUCUCGAGUCCAACACCACCCAUGGGUCUCGAAACCCCUCGGCCUGACGGGCGAAGGAUAUGCAAGAUUCGCCAAGAUCAACAACUUUCUCACGAACAAUGUCUUCACAUUUGGUCUGUGGAUGUUAGCUGGAAGCACAAUCAUCCCGGCCAAUGUCGAUGUCCCUCUGCACGGCACCGCCAAGCCAUAUCAUGCCUACCAAGCGCCUUACCUCGACUACGAUCAAGAACACCCUCUCGACGACUAUGGAUUACCCAAGUUCCCGAUCAUCGUCUUCUCCCACGGAAUGGCCUCGAGCCGGAACAGCUACACGCAAUACUGUGGUGAGCUGGCCUCGAGAGGUUACAUUGUAGCUGCCAUUGAGCAUAGAGAUGGAUCAGGUCCCGGGACUGUGAUCAUGAACGGGACACAGUCACGGACGUUCUUUCACGUCAGUCCUGAGAUGCUGGACCCUGUCCCAGAGAUCGCAGACUUCAAAACCAUGCAACUGGACAUGAGGCAGGCCGAAGUAGAAGAGACAGUGCGCAUACUGCGAGCGAUCAACGAUGGUCGAGGAGCUGAGGUGUACAAGAGCAAUGCGAGGAUGGAGGGUCAGGAUCUGGCGGAGUUCAAGAGCAGGCUGAUGAUGGACCGAGUCGUCAUUGGAGGUCACUCCUAUGGCGCAACGCUCGCUCUGCAAACACUCAGAGGUGGGCCUUCAGAGAAAUUACCUUUCGUAGGCGCUAUCAUUCUGGAUCCUGGCAAGCAGAGUGGUCCACUCAACGACGACAUCAACGUCCCAGUGUUGAUCGUGCACUCUCAAUCCUGGUCAGCGCGGCACACUAUUUUCCAAGGUAGGCCGCACUUUCAGGUGGUCAAGGACCUAGUCCGCAAAGUCAUCGACGAGAAGAAGAAAUUUGCCUGGUUCGUGACAGCCAAAGGUACGACCCAUCCUUCAGUGACAGAUGCGCCACUGAUCGAGCCGUUCCUCCUGGCCUGGACAACUGGAUCUACUAUCGAUGCAAGGCAGGGCGUGCUGCAAUACGUCAAGAUAUCACGACAAUUUAUGCAUUUCCUGGAUGAUGAACACAGACAGAGUAUCCUGAAGGAAGAGAUAACUCAUCCGGAGUACGAUGAUGAGCCAGCGCGGUCGUUCAACCCUGUCGUGGAGAAAUACUGGCAAAUACACAUGGCUCCGGCUGCGUAUUGCCCAGCGCCACGCUACUGCGGCUUGGACGAUCCCGACGACAUGGAUAAGGAGUGA